UAGAGGUCAGUUUCCCCAAUGACCUCAAAAAUGAGGAGAAAGCAUGUGAAUCAUCCCGUGAGUACUUAGAAAAAAAUGCAAUUUCACUGAGAAGGAAAACCACAGUGGGCUGUGGAGAGACCCCCUCUAUCUUCAAUCCACACUGUACACUUAGUGACCCCAGCCUCGGGCAGAGGGCUAAACCCAUGGCUUAAUCACAUAAGCAGAGCUUAUGUCAAGUUGCUUUAAAACCCUGGGCUGGGCGGUCAGGCAGGAGAGGGGCAGGAGACAGGCUUGAUAAGCCAGUCAGGGAAGGGCAGACCGUGAGGUAGACCGAGCCCUUGGUAGGAGGGAGCAAGUGAGGCUCUGGUAGAAGGGCCAGCCCAGGGACAGCAUGCCAGUGAUCAAUAUCGAAGACCUGACGGAGAAGGACAAGCUGAAGAUGGAAGUGGACCAGCUGAAGAAAGAGGUCACGCUGGAAAGGAUGGUGGUUUCAAAAUGUUGUGAAGAAGUGAGGGACUACAUCGAGGAGAGGUCUGGUGAGGACCCCCUUGUGAAGGGGAUCCCCGAGGACAAGAACCCCUUCAAGGAGCUCAAAGGAGGCUGCACCAUUUCCUGAUGGCCCCUGUGCAUCGAGGACCAUGGAAUGACCAAGGUGUUUUAAAAUUAGUUUAAAACCCCUUUGCUGUAACAGACCAGAGUGAAAGGAUACUGUACCAAAACUCCGAGGCUCACCACUGCCGUCUUUGUGGGAAUUGGGGUAGCCCCUCACCCCCUGCAGGGUUGCCAUUCACAGCGGGAGAAGAUACAGACCCUCGGAGGCCGGGACUGCUGUUCCCUCCCCCCCUCAGCCCCACCCCACACUCUCAGGAUUCACUUUGAAUAAAGAUGGAAAGGUGGUUCAUUGAA